GAUUUAAUUCUGGAAGCUGUGGUGUUAGGUUCGAUCUAGAUUGUUUUGCUUGAAUCAGUUUCGAGGGUUAUAAUGGUCGUAUUAGAUGUUUCGAGAAAUGAGUUCGGUACGAACCGGGAAUCACUUGAGAUUGACACUAGUCUACAGGAGGAGAGGCGCAAAACCGGAAGAUGUUUAGCGGCGGGAAUAGUACUAUUUCUAGUAGUCCUGGGCCUUUACCAUGUCGUGCCGGAGGGAUCGACGAGAUUAUCUGCUCUUUUAGGGGCCGCCCUCAUCAUGUUCUUCUACCUCCUCUGGCUGUUGUAUUCGUCUAAUCGGAAGAAGAGGAUCCUGAAAGCUCGGGAGCUAGCGAUGAAGCGAGAAGUGAGGAUAAUAUUCGACAAGCAGACGAUUCCAACAGCUGCACCAGUCUUGGAAAGAGUAACUCCUCAGCUCGAAUGUCAUCAUCAAACCUUAGGAAGAUCAUACUCCAUAGCGUAGUAUAUUCAGAAUGAAGUUAUUUGUGUGAAACAUUUGAAUGAGUGUACAAUCUGUCAGGACACGAAAAAGAUAUUAUUGUUGUUUGUUGUGGCGCCAGCUACAGGGAUAUAGAAAAUUUCUUCUAUUGUCCGGUGACACUGAUGGAGAAAUAGAAAAUGAUUGACUUCAACAAUUUGAAAUUUGACAAAAAGCGGAUCACUUGGUAGAAGCAAAUAUAUUCCUAAAAUUUCAAACGCGGAGAAAAUAUUUCAUAUAAUUUUCAUAUCUGGCACGUGUG